CACACCAAUCCGAUAUUUCAACUCACGCCAUUCCCACCCGUCCGUGCGUUUAACCUCCAUUUUCCAUCAUAUUAAACCUCUCUCCCCCUUUCCCUCUCUCUCACUCUCAUUCACUGAGUCGCGACUCCAUGUGAACUCGCUCGCCGGAGGUGACUCCCACUCGCCCACUUGUGUACAGGAGGCAGGCCAGCUGCGGGAUCUCAAAACCAUGAAGCUCUCAGCCAAGCCCAUCUCUAGCCCGGGACGGUCCGACAAGUUCCCGCCGCCGCUGAUGAGGUUCCUCCGGAGCAAUGUUGGGAGCAGGAGCAGGGGGCGGUCCCGCGCUAGCCCCAUGUUCCUUAGGAAGGCGCAGAAGAGCUCCAGCGCGUCCGUCGCCGCCGAGUCCACUCAGGAGCCAUCCUCCCCGAAGGUCACUUGCAUGGGGCAGGUCCGGGUCAGGCGGUCCAAGAACAAGAAGCCCCAGGCCGCCCGGAAGGCCAGGAGAGGAGUAGACGACGACCGCCCCGGCAGCAGCACCGGUACCACCACCACCACCUGGUGCGCGUGGAUCUCACAAGCCCUGCUCUGCCACCGACCUGGUCGUAAGAGGUGGUGCAGGAGGAGCCGGAGCCGGAGCGGCAGCAGGGGGGAGGUCCGCCGUGCGUCCUUCACCCGCGCGUGGCGCGACUGCUCCGCCGUCUUCCACAUGGCGGGGUGCCGGAGGAGGGAACCCAAGACCAUGGAAGAAGACUCGCCCAGCUCGAAGGUGGAUACGGAGCCGAGAUUCCGGAAUAACAGUGUUAGGAGCGAGUUGGGAGUUGGUAACUUGGACCUGAAGAGCGAAGAAGAAGAAGGCGACGAAGAGGUGGAGGCCCGAGCUAGGACUUACAAGGCAUCCUCCUCGCCCUGUUCGCCGCCGAAGAAUGCUCUGCUCCUCACUCGCUGCAGAUCCGCCCCGUACAGAUCGUCCUCCUUGGCGUGCAGAUUCUGGGGCUCGCCCCUCAACGGCCCCGACUCCGAGGACGCCCAGAGGCCGCAGCAGAACGGAGGAGAAGAACCCGCCGGCGAGGAGGAGCCAAAGCCAUUGUUGAGAUCCGAGGGAGAGGCGAGAGUCCACCCUGCGGAUGAGGAGGAAGAAGAAGAAGAAGACAACGACGAUGAGGAGAAGGAACGGUUCUUGAAGAGGGAAAUUACAGUCUCGGUCGCAGAGAAAAUGGCGAAACCGGCGAAAGCAGAAGAGAAUAAGCCAGAGGAGGAAGAAGGGCUGAGGCCGCCGCCGCCGCCGAGGCUGACGAGGUGCAAAUCGGAGCCGGCGAUAACGGCUGCACAGAAGGUCGGCUUCCGGUGAUUAUGUUUUCCCUUCUCUUGUACACCACAUGCUUAAUUAAUUACAAGUAUAAUUAAUUAAUUAAUUAAUUAAUUAAUCAAUGAAUCUGUUUUUACUAAUC